AUGGUCUCCACGCGUUCCACCAAAAGGCGCUCUCGCAGCCCCGUCGCAAAAGCUGCCGAAGGGCGUCCAGCCAAAAUUGCCCGAAAGAGGAAACAGGCCGUGAAAAAGCCGGUCAAAUCUUUCAAGGGUGUAGAGGCUGUUCUACUAGAUAUAGGUAGGCAGAUUCUCGAACAUGGCACCAUAGCAGUGCGGCACGGCACAUUGGCUAACAGCAAACCCCGAUCAGAGGGCACCAUUUGCCCAAUCACGUUUGUGAAAGAUACUUUGUUUCCAUAUGCCCUGAAAGCGCUUCCUGAUGUUCUCGCUUCGAAGUGGGAUGACCCGGAAUUCGUCCCCUACCGCGAAGCGUUUCCUGAAUCAGCAACUUCAUCUCCUGAGGCAUUCGAAGCUCACGUUAAAGAUCUCACUGAGCGGGACGUAAAGAUUGCUUGUUUGAAGAAUCUGCAAGGCUAUCUGUGGGAGAAUGGAUACAAGACACAUGUAUACUCGACGCCUGUCUACCCUGAUGUGCUAAGCUCUCUGGAGACCUGGUCAUCCUCUACCACUUCUGGCGAUAGCAACGUCACCAGCAAAGAGAUAUCUAUCUACAGUAGCGGGUCAAUCUUCGCACAGAAGCUUCUGUUCCAACACAUCAAAGACCCUUCUUCGCCCGAAGACCCCAGGGCUGUUUUGGACAAGCGAGACGUUAUCAAAGCGUGGUUCGAUACGACGAAUGCGGGUCUCAAACAAGAAGCCAGAAGCUACGUAAAGAUUGCGGCGGAGCUUGGCAGAGGUCCCGGCGAGAUCCUGUUCUUGAGUGACAAUGUCAAUGAGGUGCGGGCUGCGAUCCAAGCGGGCAUGAAAGCAGCUGUGGUGGACAGGCCAGGAAACGCGCCGCUGUCUGAUACAGAGAGAGAUGAAUUCGAGGUUGUGGAAAGCUUUGAACAGAUUGAGCUGUGA